AUGUCCGAUUUAUAUACGAAUACCCUACGAAAUACUGAUAGUAUUUAUAGUCAAACUGCAGAUGACAGUUCAACAAUACGACAAGUACUUGUCGAUAUUGAACGUCUAAUGACAAGUCUUAGUAAUGACGUGGAUCAAAAUAAAUCUUCUAUAUCAUCAAAUUUAAUUAAUUAUUCAUCUCAACCACAAAGAUUUACGUCAUCAUUAUGUUAUCCGAGAUCGACAACAACGACGACGACGACAACGAUAACGAGUAUUACAAUAAACGAUGAUAACCAUCAACUUAUUGAACAUCUCCGUAAUCGUAUUACUCGACUAGAACAUGAACGAAACGUUCUUCUGACAUCGUAUCAAUUACUUCUUAAACUUCUUAAAUGA